CCAUCCUACUAUGUGGCCCGUGAUACCGAGAGAUCUUAAGCGCCCUAUAAUAUCUUGCUUGUUUCAGAACGUCCCUCUUCCCUCUCUCCCUUCGAAUAAUAUCGUCUACCGUGCAUUUGGUCCGUUUGUAAUAUCUGAUAGCAAGAUGUCGAAAGCGUUUUGGAGGCUCUGUGAGCUUCUAGCCCACCAGGGCCAGCAAGACCUUCCUACCGCUUUCCCGCCAGAAACAGAGGAAGAGAUUCAGCAACUAUAUGACCAAGUAAGCGGUCGUCGGCGGAGUAAAAGCAACGGAGGCAGUGAAAAUGAACCUGCCACAACGGAAACUACCAGCACUAGCGGGUCUGCACCUGUUGAUAGCACCACCCAUGACUUCGAUGUCCAAACUCUCAAAUCCUCCAUAUCUAACUUAUCCCAAGAUAACGCUCCCAUGUUCUUUGACGAUAACUCCGCGUCUAUUAUCAACUUCAAACCAACAGAACCACUGCGAAUAACCUGCCUUACUAUCGGUUCUCGUGGUGAUGUUCAGCCAUAUAUUUCACUCUGCAAGGGCUUGCUAGAAGAAGGGCACAAGCCCCGCAUCGCAACUCACAAGGAGUUUGAGAGCUGGAUAAGAGAGCAUGGUAUUGACUUUGCUCCUAUCGAUGGCGAUCCGGCAGAACUUAUGAGAAUAUGUGUUGAUCAUGGCAUGUUUACAUAUGCGUUCUUGAGGGAAGCAACCACAAACUUCCGCGGAUGGAUAGACGAUCUUCUUUCUUCGUCUUGGAAGGGCUGCCAGAAUUCCGAUAUCCUCAUAGAAUCCCCAAGUGCUAUGGCUGGUAUUCACGUCGCCGAAGCCUUGGGGAUCCCCUACUUCCGUGCCUUCACUAUGCCCUGGACAAAGACAGCAGUAUAUCCCCACGCAUUUGCUGUCCCGGACCGCAAUCUAGGAGGGACGUAUAAUAGACUUACUUAUGCAGUGUUUGACGCCUUAUUUUGGAAGGCUAUUUCUGGACAAGUCAAUAGAUGGAGAAAGAAGCAGCUUGGCCUGCAGCCUACAAGCCUCGACAAGAUGCAGCCAGAUAAAGUUCCUUUCCUUUAUAAUUUCUCCCCUUCGGUCGUACCGCCUCCCACAGACUAUCUAGAGUGGGUACGUGUGACUGGCUACUGGUUUUUGAACGCAGCGUCGGAUUGGACUCCACCAGAAGACCUUGUAGCAUUUAUUGCCAAGGCAAAGGCCGACAAAAAGAAACUGGUAUACAUUGGGUUCGGAUCAAUAGUCGUCUCUGACCCUGCAGCCAUGACGAAAACAGUGGUCGAGUCUGUACGAAAGACUGGUGUACGAUGUAUCUUGUCCAAAGGCUGGUCAGAUAGGCAUGGAGACCCAAAGAGUUCACAAGUGGAAAUUGAACUUCCCCCAGAGAUUCACCAAAUUGAUGCCGCACCCCACGACUGGUUAUUCUCCCAAGUUGACGCUGUUGCGCAUCACGGCGGGGCCGGAACAACUGGAGCCAGCCUUAGAGCUGGGGUACCUACUAUUGUGAAACCUUUUUUUGGAGACCAGUUCUUCUUUGGCACCCGCGUACACGAUCUUGGAGUUGGUUUGUGUAUGAAGAAAUUGAAUGUUGUUGCCUUCACCAGAGCGUUAUGGGAAGCUACUAAUAGCCAGCGCAUGAUUAUAAAGGCUAAACAAAUUGGCGAACGGAUCCGUCAGGAAGAUGGCGUUUCCAAGGCUAUUCAGUCCAUAUAUCGGGACCUAGAAUAUGCCAAAACUCUCACUUACUUACGUCGUACCGCUGCUGGUCAUCCUUCAAGUGAUGCCCUUGAUGAAGAGAGCCUUGAAGAUUUCCUAGAUGGAAUUGAGGAGUCUUGGACCUUCAUCGGUGACGAGAUAUUCCCGAGAACCCAGGAUCCCAGGAGCGAACUUGCUUCUCUGAUGGGCGGGGCUGCAGCUGGAACUUUACCACCUCUAGAUGAUGACGAAGAGGAUGUCGCUUGCUGA